AUGAAAGCAUUUGCCUUUAACAAUAUGGGUAAAAACCAUGGAAAAUACGAUAUGGACCGUAUUGGAUUGUUUUCAGAGAUGCCAUAUAUGAUUGGUGAUAAAUAUCAUCUAUCUAUUAAAAAAGACAAUAUACGAGAUUUGAAAAAAUCUCAAAUGUAUCCAAGUAUUUUAAAAACUAAAACAGGUCUUCAAGACGCCUAUUUUGACCCACAAUUUAAGAGAUUAUUUGAAAAUGAAAAGUGGCAACCACAAUCAGGAAAAUCUAAUAAUAAAAAUGAAAAAAAAGAAAAAAAAAUUAGUGCGCAACCCUUUAUACCUUCAGGUCCUGCAAAACACCAUUCAACUGCUGGUGAUUAUUUUGGAACAUUUGGUCCUAAACUUCCAGCAAUGUCAAAUCAAAAAGUUCCUUCACCAAAAAAAGAAAAACUGCCACCAAACAUCAUGACUAAACCAACUAACACGAGAGGACCUGGAUAUACUGAUAUUGGAUUUAGUCCAUUUCCCGAAUACAAGUCAAGUCCAUAUAACGAUGUAAAAGAACAUAAUAAAAAAGAUAAGUUGAACAAAACUUCGCCAUUUUUAAUGGCUGGUCCAGGGGAAUUCUUUGAAAAAAAUCCUUAUUUUAGUAAUGACCAAAAGCCAACGUACAAUAUGAUUUCAAAAACCAAAUUUAAAGGUACACAAUUUGUACCAUCUUCAACAAUCAAAAAUUUUGGAAAUGGUUUUGAUAAGUGGCCCGUUCAUUCCGAUGAUCGCUACAUCGAUCCGUUUAGAAUAGGAUACAAGAACAAAAAGGACAAAAAUGAUGAUCGUUCAAUCAUCACAUUCUAUCCACAAACUAGAAACAAAUCGUUAUACACUACAUCAACGAUUCAGCGGAAAUUAAAAAUUGCAAUGAACAAUCAUAAUUGGCGUACAUAUGAUACCAUUACAUAUCCCAUAGAAACAAUUGGAAAAUAA